AUGGAACCGAGAAUUACAGGCGGAGAGAUAGUGAUCACGGAAAAUUCUAGAUUGCAAAUAAGAAUUUAUGAAUUAGAACAAAGAAUAUGCGCUUUAAAUGCUGAUAAAGAUGAAUUGAUUCAUGAUAAUACGUGUUUAAGAAGUAGAAAUGAGGAACUUGUAACUGAAAGAAAUCAAUUUAAAGCAGAUAAUAUUCAGAUUCAUGCAGCAAAUAAAAAUUUGAU